UGCAAUUAGGAAAGCAUGGCAUAAGCUGGGAUUUGUUGUGUAUAUAAAGUCAGUGGUGAUUCCAGAGCUAUUGCUCCUUUACAGAAUGGGCCAAGCUGCUACUCUGCCCUGUCGUGGAGGGGGAUCUUAUGUCACUGAGCUGUACGAUUGGUUCAGAACAUUUAUUAAUGAAUGUCCAAGUGGGUUGAUCACUCUACAUGAGUUUCAAAGGCAUUUCUGCAAUGGAACAGUGGGCAGUGAGUCUGCCGAGUAUGCAGAGGAGAUAUUCCGCACAUUGGACAAUAAUGGGGAUGGGGUGGUUGAUUUCAGGGAGUACGUUAUGGCCAUCAGCAUGCUUAUUGAAGGUUCUGCUGUAGAGAAGCUGCGGUGGUCAUUUAAGCUCUAUGACAAAGAUGGAGACGGAGCAAUUACAAGGGAGGAAAUGAUGGAGAUUACGCAGGCUGUGUAUAAGAUGAAUGUAGCCGCUGCUUUAACCAAACCCAACCCACUGACAGCUGAAGAAUGUACCAACAGGAUAUUUAUGCGAUUAGAUAAAGACAAAAACGCCAUCAUCAGUCUGGAGGAGUUCACAGAGGGAGCGCUGAAUGAUGAUUGGAUCAGGGAAAUGCUGGAAUGUGAUCCUAGCACUGUGAAGGUGGAAAGGACCCUGAGGAGUGACAGCACAUUGGGGACCCAUGGUUGACCUGAAUGGGGGCAUUCUAUUCACUGGGAGCAGCAAAAUUAACUAGUCAAUGUUUGGAUUGGAAAUCUCCAGGAAUUGUUGCAGAAACACAGUUUCUAUUCCCUGUGACACAUGAAAUAACAGUCUGAGUAAU